AUGGACAACCCCAUUAUCCCCAUGUCGCCACUCCCUUCGGAGUCCCCGUUGGAGCCGGGCAUUCCUGCGACAUCACCGCUCGGUGAGGUCAUACUGUAUACUCGCUACGUCUACCCACUGGCUCUAUUUGUCUUCUUUCUGUUCACGCUCGCUUGGUGGGGAAUUUCAACGUCCCAGUCGUCGAGGCCCUCACCGCCAUCUGUCAACGGAAUCUACGAGAAUGGUAGGAGGACUCGCGAUACUGGUAGCGGAAACGACGGGCCUGGCCUCUUUGCCAGAAUCGCUGGUCGCUUCCCCGGGGGGACACCAGCAAAGAGCAAAAGAGGGUCGGAUGACAAACUAACGCCGACGAGAAAGGCCGUGUUCAAUUGGUUGCUUGUGGGGAUUAUUAUGACCUUCGUGCUUAACUCGGCGAGCGUGAUCUUCCACGCGUUAACAACCCGUGGCUGGUGGGUUGGACAAGCCUAUGUUAUUUGCACCGUUUCGCUACUGUUCAUCUAUGCGCUUAUGCUCAUCUCGCAAAUCGACAACACCCUGUACCCUACGCUUCCUCACUUUGCGAGUUGGGUUUUAGGUAUCUGCGGGGAGUCUUUACUCCUCGGUGCCAAGCUCUACAUAUACGAAGAAGACCUCGAUAGACAUAAACCGAAAGACGGAGAGCUCGUAAAUACGCUGAAAAAGAAGCACGGCAUUUUCCUUGUUAAUAACUGGGAGAUUAUCGAUCUAUCCAUCGAUAUUUCCCGCCUGUUUCUGCUGUUACUUCUUGUGUUCUUGUAUUUUAUCCUUGUGAUCGCACCAAAGCCUAGAGCAGAGCCCACUGAUUCUGAAGAAUCUACACCUCUUUUGAGUGGUGCUGCUUCGCCAUCUGGUUCCGCUGAUUAUGGCGCUAGCAAGACUAAUGGUGUACCAUCUCCGGAUGAGCCUGCGGGAUGGGCUAGGAAGAUGACCCUUACUAAGCAGAGCUGGUGGGAGUAUCUUCGUGGAUACGCGAUCUUUUUCCCGUAUCUAUGGCCAAGUAAAAGCCGUAGACUGCAAUUUUUGAUGAUCAUUUGUUUUAUCCUUGUGAUUUUGCAGCGCGGGGUGAAUGUUUUGGUACCACAUCAGCUUGGGAAGAUUACAGAUAUUUUGGCUGGAGACGGUCAGAAACAGCGCCUCCCAUGGGAACAAAUUGUGCUAUACAUUACCUACCGCUUCCUUCAAGGAAACAUGGGUGUUCUUGGCGCCCUUAGAAGUACAUUGUGGGUUCCUAUUGGGCAAUAUUCAUAUCAAGCACUAUCAACAUCUGCAUUCGAACAUGUUCACUCGCUAUCACUCGAUUUCCAUCUUGGCAAAAAGACUGGCGAAGUUUUGAGCGCGCUCAGCAAGGGAAAUGCAAUCAAUAAUUUCCUUGAGCAGGUUUCGUUCCAGGUUGUACCCAUGCUUGUAGAUUUGGGUGUGGCUAUUGCGUAUUUCUUUUUUGAAUUUGAUGCAUAUUAUGCGCUUAUCGUUGCCAUCGUAACUUUCUGCUACCUCUACAUCACCGUCAGAAUGGCCCAGUGGCGUGCGGAUAUCCGUCGUGAAAUGGUCAACAAGUCGCGCGAGGAAGAUGCCGUUAAGAACGACUCUAUGAUUGCCUACGAAACCGUCAAAUAUUUCAAUGCUGAGGCCUAUGAAUUUGGACGCUAUAGAUCUGCAGUUAGGGCUUACCAGAGUGCAGAGAGAAAGGUUCUACUUAGUCUUAACGUUAUGAACGUUACGCAGAAUCUGGUCUUUACAAUUGGACUUGUCAUUGCUUGCUUUUUGGCUGCAUGGCAGGUUACUAUUGGGGAAAUUAGAGUUGGAAGAUUUGUAUCUCUUUUGGCAUAUCUUGCUCAAUUGCAAGGCCCGCUGAAUUUCUUUGGGACAUUUUACAGGAGCAUUCAAAGCUCUAUGAUCAAUUCUGAGAGAAUGCUUGAAUUGUUCAAGGAAGAGCCGACGGUUGUAGACGCCCCAGAAGCCAAGAAGAUUAGUUCUUGCACUGGUGAAAUCACCUUCAAAGACGUCCAUUUCUCCUACGAUCAUCGCAAGCCCGCACUCCGUGGUCUUGACUUUGUGUGCAAACCAGGAACCACAACUGCAUUUGUUGGAGAGAGUGGUGGUGGUAAAACUACCGUCUUGAGACUGUUGUUUAGAUUCUAUAACAUUCAACAAGGAUCUAUUAUGGUUGACGGACAAGACGUGCGUGAUAUUACCAUUGAUUCUCUCCGUUCAAAGAUCGGUGUUGUCCCUCAAGAUACUGUGUUGUUCAACGAAUCCGUUAUGUACAAUCUUAAAUACGCCAACCCCGACGCAACUGACGAAAUGGUCCAUGAAGCCUGCCGCGCUGCUAGUAUCCACGAUAAGAUCAUGAGUUUCCCUGAUGGCUACGAGACCAAAGUAGGAGAACGUGGACUACGUCUUUCCGGUGGCGAAAAGCAGCGUGUCGCAAUCGCAAGAACAAUUCUCAAGGACCCUAAAAUUAUUCUCCUCGAUGAGGCAACAGCUGCAUUGGAUUCUGAAACUGAGCAGCACAUUCAAGCAGCUCUCAAAGAACUUGCAAAGGGCCGAACAACUCUCGUUAUAGCGCACCGUCUUUCAACCAUCACGCAGGCGAACCAGAUUCUCUGUCUUCACGAAGGUAAAGUCAUCGAGGCAGGAACCCACGAGGAGCUUCUUGCAAAGGGAGGAAGGUACGCUAUGAUGUGGCGUAAGCAAAUCCGCGCAGAGUUGAAGAAGGCAAAGCUUGAGGAGACAGAAUCCGAAUCAGACGAUGUGCAGCCUUUGAUCGAUUUGGAGCCUUCGCACCCUUCUAAAGAGCCGUCAAUCUUUGAAGGAUCCGGCUUUAUUCCUGUACCGAUGCACGACCCGAGGGAUCGAUGUGGUGCUGUUGACGGAGUCAUACCACCAAGUAUGUUGGAUAUUGAACCAAGUCCUAAGAGGGCUGCUGUACUCGAGUCGGGUAUCCCUGCUUCACCGCCAAGAGCGCCAAGAGCACCCACACGAGCACUCACAGACUCUGGGAACAAUUCUCCUGUUUCCGGGGGGAAGGGCAAGGAACGAGAAGGUUUGAGGAGGAGUGGGAGUGCGAUGUCCACUGCAAGCGGUGGGAAGUGGAGUGCAAAGGGACUCAGAAAGGCUUUGAGUAUGAAGGGAAAGAACGUAACUCUGCACAAGCGGUCUGCAAGCAGUAGUGGGCUGCUUGAGAGAGCUGCUAGCAGCGGAGGUGGAGGCAGAAGAUCUGGCGGCGGCGGUAGUGGUAGUGGUAAUACUGCUGGUACUGAUGGUGCAGGUUCUUCUGGAGGCUCGAAGGCUGAAGCUGAUAAGACAGAAUGA